AUGCCCCACCCACCUGACGACAACUUACUACCUGACACACUCACACCAAAAUCCACGCACCCCGCCCCCACAACAGCACAGGCACACCCCUCUCGGCUCACAACACAGGCGGACACAAACUCCCUCCCACACUCCCCUCCACCAGCAUCCCCACUUCCAUACUACUUUAAACCAACCACCGCCGAUCAUCGUCACACCGGCCCCUCCCCGUUGACGCCCCACACCAAACCACACUCCGUUUCACACCCGUUCUCUGACAAUUCUCUCCCACUCCGCAUCCAGGUCAACGCCAAAAUCUCUCUCCACAACCUCAUUCUCUCACGACUCCUCUUCUCACCAACGCUAGAGCUCAUCUCACACCCUCCCGAACACUCCAACAACGAAGACUUCUCCUCAUUCCUCCCAACACCUAUCACCCCUGUAGUGAAAUUCAUGUCCGGACCACUAACCACCAAGCCCUCCAACUACCAAUACUCCCACCCCCCAAAAGCCCUACCGCCCACCCAUGACGGCAACGACAUCAGAUCCAUGCAAACCACAUCCUCUGCUCCAGAACCGACUACAAAGCCAAAGACGUCCGCGUAUCUCGCCUCGCAAAAACUAACAUACAACUGA